UUGUCGGACCCUUUAAUUUGUUUGGGUAUCGAUUGACCUUAUUCAUUGUAAACUCUAUGCACGACUCUUUGUUUUCCGGGGUGGAGCCCUUAGUACACCUUGUACUUCGGUGUAUUCACCGCCGUUGUUAAUAUAUCCAUUUUGAUUUCUUAAAAAAAUAUAAAAAAAAUACUCUACUUCCCUCCUAAAAUUUUAUUUUUCAAAAGCAUCUCUCACUUUGUAACCUUCUCAAACUCAUGAAUUUUGCAAGUGAUAGUUAAACAAACUAUGAUACUCUGCUGCUAUAGGCGUUUAUUAAACAAAUACAAUUCAACUUACACUUUCCUCCGUCACUAUACAUUUUCUCAUUCUCAAUUACAACAGCUGGAUUCGGAAUUCGAUAGAUACAAAACCUCUUCUUCCUUAUACGAUGCCAAUCACCUUCAUUUACAACUCUACAAAACCGGUUUCACUGACGAUGUUUUCUUUUGCAAUACUCUUAUCAACAUAUAUGUUAGAAUUGGUAACUUAGUUUCUGCUCGGAAACUGUUUGAUGAAAUGCCGCAAAAGAAUCUCGUUUCUUGGUCUUGUUUAAUUUCAGGCUAUACGCAAAAUAGAAUGCCCGAUGAAGCGUGUUCUUUGUUCAAAGGGGUGAUUUCUAGUGGUUUGUUGCCCAAUCAUUUUGCCGUUGGUAGUGCUCUUCGAGCUUGUCAACAAUGUGGUUCGACUGGGAUUAAACUUGGGAUGCAGAUUCAUGCCUUUAUUUGUAAAUUGCCGUGUGUUUCCGAUAUGAUUUUGUCAAAUGUGCUUAUGUCUAUGUAUUCUGAUUGUUCUGGUUCCAUCGAUGAUGCUCAUCGUGUUUUUGAUGAGAUAAAGUUUAGAAAUUCUGUGACGUGGAAUUCUAUUAUUUCUGUUUAUUGUCGAAGGGGAGAUGCGGUUUCUGCUUUUAAGCUGUUUUCCGUAAUGCAAAUGGAAGGUGUAGAGCUUAAUUUAAGGCCUAAUGAAUAUACUUUGUGUAGUUUAGUAACUGCUGCGUGUUCUCUGGCUGACUGUGGACUGGUUUUGCUCGAGCAGAUGCUGACUAGAAUUGAGAAAUCCGGAUUCUUACGUGAUUUAUAUGUUGGUAGUGCUUUGGUUAAUGGGUUUGCAAGAUAUGGUUUAAUGGAUUGCGCUAAAAUGAUUUUCAAGCAGAUGUAUGAUCGCAAUGCUGUGACUAUGAAUGGGUUAAUGGUUGGACUGGCAAGGCAGCACCAGGGUGAAGAAGCAGCUAAAGUAUUUAAGGAAAUGAAAGAUUUAGUGGAAAUAAACUCGGAAUCUCUUGUUGUUCUUUUAAGCACUUUUACUGAAUUUUCAAAUUUAAAGGAAGGGAAGAGAAAAGGUCAGGAGGUUCACGCUUACCUGUUUCGCAGUGGUUUAGUUGAUGCUCGGAUUUCAAUUGGAAAUGCACUUGUUAAUAUGUAUGGUAAAUGUACUGCCAUUGAUAAUGCUUGCUCAGUUUUUCAACUCAUGCCUAGUAAAGAUACUGUCUCGUGGAACUCUAUGAUCUCUGGCCUUGACCACAAUGAGCGAUUUGAGGAAGCAGUUUCCUGUUUCCAUACAAUGAAGAGAAAUGGAAUGGUGCCCUCAAAUUUCUCUGUUAUUAGUACCUUGAGUUCGUGUUCAAGCCUGGGUUGGUUAACGUUAGGACGACAGAUACAUGGUGAAGGGUUCAAAUGGGGACUUGAUUUGGAUGUUUCAGUUUCAAAUGCCCUCUUAACAUUAUAUGCUGAAACUGAUUCUAUCAAUGAAUGUCAGAAAGUUUUCUUUCAGAUGCCAGAGUACGAUCAGGUUUCUUGGAAUUCUUUUAUUGGUGCGCUAGCAAAAUAUGAGGCAUCAGUUUUACAAGCUUUAAAAUAUUUCCUGGAGAUGAUGCAAGCUGGAUGGAGACCUAAUAGAGUAACAUUUAUAAAUAUUUUAGCGGCAGUUUCUUCAUUUUCAGUUUUAGGACUGGGCCAUCAAAUCCAUGCUUUAAUCUUAAAAUACUCUGUUGCUGAUGACAAUGCUAUUGAGAAUGCACUUCUAGCUUUCUAUGGAAAGUGUGAGCAGAUGGAGGACUGUGAGAUUAUCUUUUCUAGAAUGUCUGAGCGAAGAGAUGAAGUUAGUUGGAAUUCAAUGAUUUCUGGAUACCUACACAGUGGCAUCCUGCACAAGGCCAUGGAUUUGGUGUGGCCUAUGAUGCAAAGGGGACAGAAAUUGGAUGGUUUCACAUUUGCCACUGUUCUCAGUGCUUGUGCUUCAGUUGCAACAUUAGAGCGCGGUAUGGAAGUUCAUGCAUGUGCUGUAAGAGCUUGUUUAGAAUCUGAUGUUGUUGUUGGAAGUGCGCUAGUUGACAUGUACGCGAAGUGCGGAAAGAUAGAUUACGCUUCGAGGUUCUUCGAAUUGAUGCCAGUCAGGAACAUAUAUUCUUGGAAUUCAAUGAUUUCAGGUUAUGCACGCCAUGGACAUGGACAAAAAGCUCUAAAGAUUUUUACACGAAUGAAACAGCAUGGCCAAUCACCAGAUCAUGUCACCUUUGUCGGGGUUCUAUCAGCUUGUAGUCAUGUAGGGUUAGUUGAUGAAGGAUAUAAGCAUUUCAAAUCAAUGGGUGAAGUUUAUGGACUAUCUCCCCGAAUAGAACACUUUUCUUGUAUGGUAGACCUCCUCGGGAGGGCAGGUGAUGUUAAAAAGAUAGAGGACUUUAUCAAAACAAUGCCAAUGGAUCCUAAUAUCCUUAUUUGGAGAACAGUUUUAGGAGCAUGCUGCCGAGCUAACGGCCGUAAUACAGAGCUAGGGCAGAGGGCUGCAAAGAUGCUUAUUGAGCUAGAGCCGCAGAAUGCUGUGAAUUAUGUACUUCUUUCUAACAUGCAUGCUGCUGGUGGGAAUUGGGAAGAUGUGGUAGAAGCUAGGUUGGCAAUGAGGAAAGCAGCAGUGAAGAAAGAUGCUGGAUGUAGCUGGGUCAACAUGAAGGAUGGAGUUCAUUUGUUUGUGGCUGGAGAUCAAACACACCCUGAAAAAGAAAAAAUCUAUGAAAAGCUCAAGGAGCUAAUGAACAAAAUAAGGGAUGCUGGAUAUGUGCCUGAAACCAAAUAUGCACUCUAUGAUCUGGAGCUUGAGAACAAAGAAGAACUCCUUAGCUAUCAUAGUGAAAAACUAGCAAUUGCUUUCGUUCUCACUCGCAAAUCUGAACUGCCAAUUAGGAUAAUGAAGAACCUUCGGGUUUGUGGUGACUGUCACACUGCUUUCAAAUACAUAUCAAAGAUUGUUGGUCGACAGAUAAUUUUACGAGAUUCAAAUAGAUUUCACCAUUUCGGUGGUGGCAUGUGUUCUUGUGGGGAUUAUUGGUGAACAACUAAACAACUGUAUAGUUUCUUUGGAUCUAUCUACAGCAUGGAAAUACUGUCCACAAGAUUCUUCACCAUUGUUGGCUGCAUGUUUACGUGCUUGUAAUUUGAUUCAUGUAGGCAACCCCACUUAGUGGGAUAAGGUUUGCUUGUUGUUGUUGUAAUAGCAAAGAAGAGUGAAGAAAAAUAGUGAGACACAUAUUGAAAUUGAUUGGCAUAUUAUAUUAGCUGAUAGAGAUAGAAGCGUGGCAAUGUCUGGUAGUUUGAUGACAGUUCACCACUAAGAGAAGCAUAGGUGCAAUUUUUGGGAACUCUGACUAUGUCUUUGUUUAGGCGGUUAUCUGAAUUAAAAUCAGAUUUGGACCCAACUAGUACAACAGAGCACAAUUAGAAAGGAAGACAUUGGUUGUGUUUUUGUGACCUGAAUUUAUUCAUUUUUUGUAUGUCUUCUUACUGUAACUUUUCAUUGACUCCUAAUAAGAAAAAUGCUUUAUGAUGUCGUGGAGAACAUUGAUCAGAACCGGUUGAGAAUCCUUACAUAUUAACAUUCAAGUCAAAAUCAAUAAGACGGGAAUAGAAGUUCGAGAAGCUUAUUUUGAUGUUAUGGAGUCAUCGCUAAGACAUGACUCAGUGGAGACCUGCUUGUUUUUUGGAAGGAUUUGUAACAAAUGGAUUUUUUUUUGGAAUGCAUACUGUUUUUUUGAAAGGAGUCUGGAAUAUUUACCACUGCCUCUUGCUACUUGCUGCCACUGAGACGGGUGAACAAGACUGACCUUAUUGGUGCUGAGAAGGUAUUGUUGUUGUUAAGGCAUCAAAGGAAAUUCCAAAGGCUGCUCUUGUUUGGUCAUUGACUUAUGUUAGUGCUUUAUAGAUUGCAACUAUGAAAGCGGAUCAUAGAUGAUAAUGCAGUUUGUGAUUUGUUUGAGUUUCGUUUUGCUUUCUUUGCAAGCAUCUCAAACAUGAGGAAAAGAGAUGCAUGGAAGAGCUGCAGUGCACCAAAAGGGGUUUCGUAGACUGAAAGAAAUUCAUGUUAGCUAGGCAUUGCAGCUCUUAGCAGCAAAUGUUAGAAGCAGUUAGAAGCAAAUGCUGUUGGCAAUCCAAAUAGUGCUAAUAAUGGUAAAUGUUUGAUUAUGCUUGGUUGUGCAUGUAAAGAUGAGCUAGGCAUUGCACACAGCCAUUGCGCUGAGGCAUGUUUCUAGAUUAAAAGGAAACACGUAAUUUUUGUUAAUGUUUGUUCAUUACUAGUUCGUAGAUCAAUAUUCAUUAUUUGUGUAUUUCAGUUCUGCAUAAAUGUUUGCUAUAUUGACCUUGUUCAGGAUGUUGUGUACUUCUGAAUUCGUAUUUCCUUAGGGACUAAAUAGGCCUUUAAGUUCUCAUUACUUAAUACUGUGAUUGGGAAUGAUUUCUAAGAAAGAAAAGAAGGAAAAAGAAACCUAUUGGCAUUGUACUA